AUGGUGCGUUUUAACCUUUUCAACGUCGCGGUGAUCGCCGCGUUCCAAGCUGGAGCCGAAGCCGGCCUUUGUCGACCUUCGACGACGGCCGUGACAAGCGCUGCCGUCACUACCACUGCCCUUGCUGCAACCACCACCACUGCUGUGCCAGGCUGCGUCGAAACCCAAUUGCUUGUUAACCCAGGCUUUGAUGAUUCAACCACCGGCAUUACACCCUGGACUGGCAGCGUCUUCAUAAUUACGCGAGGAUCUCAAGCUGGCACCCAGGCUCUGGCCAAUAUCUGGAACAACGGUCAGAGCAACAACAGAGGCAACGUGAAACAGACCCUGACGAAUCUGAACGGCAACUACGAAUUCUCCUACUAUUACCAGGUCGCUGUUACCAGGAUUGGUCCCUCCUCUAGAUGUAGUCUCCAGGUCAAGAUCGGGGAUGAUACGACUGUUCCCCUCAGUAUCGACUUAAUCGUUGGUGAUUGGACGUCAGGUAGCGUGUCUUGGUCUAGUGCAGGCGAGAGUGUCGCGCAGGCGGAUGUAGAACUCUCCAUAACCUGUACUGGAGACUACGACAGAAUUCAAAUCAACCUCGACAGCUUUGCCUUCACGAGAGUUUGCAGCGCCUAG